GAGCUGCAGCGCUCAUUUGAGGAGCCAGACUUUGCGCUGCUGUCGGGCCGUCAGCCGCACCAGAUCGGAUGCGACGUGCCGCUCGAGGGCGAGAACGCGGGCACUCUCAUUUUCCUGGGCAUCUUCUCAAGUGCAUCUGCGAGGCAACGUCGUGACUUGUACCGCCGCGUCGUUUUGCCAGACUUUCCACCCGACCUCUUCACAGUCAAGUUUAUCCUCGGGCAACAGGCGCCUGUCGAAGGCUUGAAUCCAUCACAGCGCAUAGCAAGCGCAAAACUGACCAAGGAUGUCCAAGAAGAGAUGGCGGAGUUUGGGGACAUGGUCAUGCUGGACAUCGUCGACAACAUCGACUUUGGGAAGACGCAUGCGUACUUCAAGUGGGUGGCGCACGAGUUUGCAGGCCAUGGACUCGUCAAGGGCCGGCCACGCUUCGUAAUGAAGGCGGACGACGACACCUUCCUCGUUAUGCCCAACCUGGUCUCGAGCUUCAUCGACCUAGACUGCAGUCGCAACUACUACUGGGGAACGUCGGCGGGGCGCUCGGGAUAUUUCCAGGAUUACUUCCGUGGGUUGGCGUACGCUUUGAGCUGGCCGCUCGUCAGUUGGAUUGGAAGCGCAGAUAUGCCGUCUGCGCACGUUGUGAAGAUUGAGGACGCGAGGACAGGGCAGUGGCUGCGCAUGCUCGACAAGACCACAGAUCCAGUGACACGGUUCGACAUGGGCUGGAACAUGGGCGACUGGAACCAGCUGCAUGUGACGGUGGACACGGUGGCAUUGCACUGGCUCAAGAUGGACGACUGGGUCGAGGAGCAGGUUAAGAAGAUCCACGACAUUUGGAUGCUGGCGGGACGACCAUAUGAGCCCGACAACGGCAUCGCGCGCCACAUCAGCAUUGCGAGCGGAAAGCGGAAGCCAGAAGCAGCUACGGCAGAGAAGCAGAGGCAGAAGGAGAUGGGGUGGGACGUCCAGGACAACGUC